AGCUUUUUCCGUUUUCUGGCCACUCGCUCUGCCUCCUCUGUCGUGUCACCGGAGACAAAAAAAAAAAGAGGAAGGAAUAUGGUUUCAUUUGACGCUCCUCCCGUUUCAGCGCUGCUGUAGCGGAUCUGUAGUACGAGCAGGAGGCUGGAGCUCGGUCCGGUACAAACCCCCUCUAUAUACCUGAGGCAACCACCUUUCCCCUCGUUACCAACCAGCCUGCAGGAGCACUAAUAGCACAUCGGGAGACAUAAAUGGUGGAGGCCGUGGUGGAGUUCGACUAUGAGGCUCAGCAGGACGAUGAGUUGAGCCUGACGGUGGGUGACAUCAUCGUGAACAUACGGCGGGACGAUGGAGGAUGGUGGGAGGGGGAGCUGGGCGGACGCAGGGGUCUGUUCCCGGAUAACUUUGUCAGGGAGAUAAAGAAAGAGGCGAAGAGGGAUGGAGGACAGGCGAGCAUGAUCAGAUCUGACCUCGCAAAUGGCAGGGCCAGCCCCGUGUCCGACCCCGGCGUACGGCCGGGAAGGAAAGGAGGAGAUCAAAUCCGUAAGCGAAGGUGUAAAGCUGCUUUCAGCUACGUGCCUCAGCAUGAAGAUGAGCUAGAGUUGAAAAUAGGAGACGUCAUUGAAAUCAUAGCGGAGGUAGAGGAGGGCUGGUGGGAGGGGGUUCUCAACGGGAAGACUGGAAUGUUUCCCUCCAAUUUCACCAAAGAGAUCCUGAAGGAGUCCGACACGCCCUCCGUAGACACGCCCACCCCGCAGGAGGAGGUCCGCAGCGCCCGCACGAGUAAGGACAGCCCGGGCAGUGAAAGUGAUGGAGGAGACAGUCGGUCAGAAACAGGGUCAGGAGAAAUCCAGCCCAAGAAGGUCCGAGGGUUUGGCUUUGGUGACAUCUUCAAAGACCAGCCCAUCAAGCUCAGACCUCGCUCCAUGGAAAUUGACUCAGAGGUGGACAAGAUCAACGAGGGGAAAGCAGCGGGUGUUGCCCCUGAAACCAUGAAGACUGAGCCUGACAGCAAAGCCAAAGGGCGGGAGCUGUGUAAAGUUCUCUUUCCAUAUGAAGCACAAAAUGAAGACGAGCUGACGAUCAAAGAGGGGGAGAUCAUCAACAUUAUCACUAAGGAGUGUGCUGAUGCAGGCUGGUGGAUGGGGGAGAUUGGGGGAAGGCAAGGUGUCUUCCCAGACAACUUUGUCAAGCUGCUAGAAGUUGAGAAAGAGAGACCAAAGAAACCGCCUCCACCCAGUGCCCCCUCAGCUAAACACACCACAGAGAAAAAGUCGGAGGUCAAGAAGGUUCCUCCUGAGCGGCCUGAACAUCUCCCCCAGAGAGACCAGGAUCGAGGUGAAGAGGUGAAGGUUGGAGACAUCCCAAAGCCCUCCCUCCCAACUCUCCUUCCCAAGAAACCCCUCCCCCCAAAGACAAGCUCCUCCUCUUCCUCCCAACCCCCGCGGCGUCCUGAGAGACCCCCCCCUCUAGCGUGUGAAAGCCCCAAGUCUGAGGGCAGGGCUUCGACACCAGAUUCUACCCCUGACAGGUCACAUGACCCCGACGUGGACCUGGACGCGGUGGUUGCAUCAACAGAGAAACUGAGUCAUCCGACGGCGUCGCGGCCAAGAGUCACAGACCGCCGGCCUCGGUCGCAGAUCAUCACCAGUUCUUCCCUGUCCAUUACCGACCUGGACUCGCCCGUAGUGGAGGACAGGAAGGAGAGAGGGAAGGAGGAGCAGGAGCCUGUCCCCCCCAGAUCUGUAGAUGUGUCCCAGAGAAAAGGAGUUCCCACCAUCUCUGCCAACGACAGUAAAGCACCACUGCCCACUAAGCCCUCUGUCCUGACCCCACCAAACGCCGGCCAUCGCCCCGCCUCCCCGUCUUCCUCCUUGGGUCUGAGCCCCUCCCCCGAGCUCCGGCACUCACCUCUGACCUCUCCGACGCUGGAGGAACUCAGGAACCAGCUAAGAGACCUGAGGACCUCUGUAGAACAGCUGAAGAACCAGCACAGGCAGGAGAUGAAGCAUUUGGCCAGUGCUUUGGACGAGGAGAAGAAGAUCCGUGUUAAUUUACAGUUGGAAGUAGAUCACAUAAAGAAAAACCUGUCAAAAUAAAGACUGAAGCAUCCUCAUCAGCGCAAUCUGAUCACCACAUCGGAGGCCAUCAUCCGAAAACAUUUUCACUGUUGGCCGAGACACUUCAGCCAAGACAAAGUUUGUGCCAAAUGAUCAUCACGAUCACCAUCAGCAACAAUUCAGCACCAUGGAAUCAGCCACCUUCCCGCCCCCCUGACGCCGCCUUAUCCUGUGUUUACUUACUUUAUUUUUUCUUUUAAAAGAGGCUUCUCUGUUCAGUUUACCGCUAUCUUGUCAGAGCUUGCUGUGCCACUGGUACGGAUUGACGACCGCGGCCUGUCGCUGUGUGUUGCCACGGUCACAGAAUGAUGAGACGGAGCUGCGGUUGCCGCAGUGACCUCACUGGUACUUUUUGUUUCUGAGUGUGAAGGAAACUUGGGGCUCGACCUCCGUAGCCCAGCCGGUUCAAACGACCUCUGUGCUGUUCUGUGUCCACUCUGCGGCCUUUGCCUCUUAUCUGGGGUGUGUGUGUGUGUGUGUGUGUGUGUUUGUGUUUUGUUUUGUUUUCCAUCCAUGUGAGGACUGUAGUUUUAGACCUGCAAAGUGAGGUCAUUUUGGCUGGUCCUAACUUCUUCAACAGGCUGGAUUAAGGUCCGGAUUUGGGUUUGAGGUUAAAGCCCGGACUUUGAGGCACAUCAUUAGCAUUGGACACACUGUGCGUGAUGCUUCGAUGGUACACUGCAGGCGGGUGAUUUUGAAGCAUCAACCGUUAACCGCACUUGCAUUCGGCCAUAUUUCCCAAUUCCUUUUCUUCUUAGUGCCAUAAUUUUUUAGUCAAAUAUUCCAAAUGUUGGUUGGUUAAAACUACAAGCACAUCAGGAUUCUUUCCCCUCAAUUAAAUCUAACCAACAUGACUGAUACUGUAGGUGCUAUUUCAAGGAAUAGUUUGACGUUCUGGGAAAUACAUUUUUUUGCUAUCUUGGAGGGAGUUAUGAGAAGACUGAUAUCACUCUAAUGCCUGUAUGCUAAAUAGCACAAAACUCAAAACAGGGGGAAACAGCUAAAGUGGUUCUGUCAAAAAGUAACAAAUUCUGACCCCCAUCACCUCUAAUUAAGUGCAAAAAUGUCAAUUAGUGGUUUUACAGUGAGGACAAGCCACUGCUCCUGGACAAUAAAUAUUCUUGUGCACAUUCUCUUGUAAAGCCUCAAACUGUCAUUUUUACACUUUGGUUUUAUUACCUGUUGACAGAACCAGGCUAGUCCGACUUCAAAUUUUAUUUUAUGAAAAAUACAUGUCACAACAUGAACAAACCGAUCUAUGAUAUUUUUCAAGUCAAGAGUAUUGACUUCUGGACAAAAAAAACAAACCAAACAAACAUUAUUUAACCGUUUUUGCUUUUGCACUUUGAUAUUGCGACUCAUAAAACAGCUGUGCUGGUCGCGUCUCAUCCCAAAACUCAAACCAAGAUCCAUGUGCAGCUGACGUUUCUGGUGCUCUUUUGGCAGCAGGUGAAGGUUAAAGUCAAGGACAGGGUUCAAGGAAUGUAGUAAGUGUAAAGUCCUCACAGGUAAAGGAAGAUGAAAAACUUGUGUGUGCAUGUGUGGUAGCAUGUAUGUACGACUGUUUUGCCUCCCUUCCAUAUAUGUGCACAGAAUCUAUGGCAACCUGUCACUGUGGCCUUCCUGUUUGACUCCAAAUCUUUCUUUCUUUCUCUUUCUUUCUUUCUUUCUUUCUUUCUGUCUUUCUUUCUGUCUUUCUCUCUUUCUUUCUUUCGUAUGACAAUGAGAAAACUGCUACAACUGAGGCUACAAGUUGUUUUCUUGACUUGGUCCUUUCUCUCCAGGAUAGUGAUAAAUAUAUAUACUUUUAUAUUUCAGUGUAAUAAAGAUGCUAUUAUGUACUGUAUGUGUGCAUAUUUUAUUUUUAAAAAAAUUACAAAAAUGUUUGAAUUGUCUGCUGGUAACAUUUGUCUGUUAAUAUACAGUAGAUACUGUUUAUAGGAGCGUUUUUUGUUGCAUUCUGUUGCUCUUUACACUGUUUAUUCAGGUAAUCGGUGCUCCUGCAUGAAUGACUGCUAUAGAGCACUGUAUAUAUGUGUGACAGAUGGAAACUAAAUGUACUCUCAGGUCACUGAAGGCCUGAGUGAACAAAAAGGAGAACUGAAAGUCCUGAUUCAGUCUUAAUGGUCACUCAAACAACUGCAGAAUUAAUGCAACCGCAUUAUUUAGAUGUAACUGGAAAAAAAAAAAAAAUUACAAAACUAUUUGAAUUGU